UGUGGUUUUUCUGUGUGUGUGCGUUCCUUUGGCCUCUUUUGUGCGUGACAGUGUUUUUCACACAAGCAUCCAGAUAGCGGUGACGAUGUGAGAGGCUGACAGAGUCGAGGCGGGCGGCGAGUCAGACCGAACAACCACAAAAGCUGAUUAAACGAGAGGAUUUCCUGGAAGCGCCUUGAAAUGAGGACCGACACUCUCCGAAAAGAAGUUAAACACCAUGGAGGACAUCUCAUACGCUCCCCGCUUUGCCAAUUUCCAUCCUCCUCAUGCAUCCUUCCACCUCACCCAGAGCCCCGAGGUGGACUCCCUCCAGCUGUAUGGCGGUAGCGCGACCUCCUUCCCUUCCUGGAGGACGACAGGGGACACGUGUGCAGAGGACAUUCACACAAGCGAGCGCUUUGCGGACGCUUGGGAGCCGUGUGAGGACAUCUACGGCAAUGUGGACGGACGCUGCAAUAAUGUCGGAGGUGAGCACGGGACUUCUAACGGCUUCUACGACAAACCGAGGAGAAUGUCCUUCAGGGGAGAUGAGAGGACUUGGGAUGGUGCGUCCUCCCGUGAAGACAUGGACCAACCGCCAUGGCUCCAGUCCUCUUCAGUGGGCCAGUUGCCUUCGAGCAGUCUGCCUCCAACGUCAACUCCUCAGAAACUGGACUCCUUCUCUGAAGCCUUCCUCUCCCGGCGGAGGAGAACAUUCCCACAGGUUUUCCACCGAGAAUCUUCUGGACCCAUCCCGGAGUCUGAGGUGGUGAACGACACACUCGUAUUAAAGCAGAAGUGCGUCCCUCCUUCUCCUCAACCCUCUCACCUCAGGUCGCCAGUGUUUGAUCCCUCACAGGCACCAUUACCGUCCACCUUGAUGGAUUUCGCCAGUCCUUCGUCAGGAGGAGAAGCCAAGUAUGGAACGUUGGACAUUUUUGCCGCCCACUUUCCGUCCCUGUCGUCGCUCUACUCCAGCGUGAUGUGGCAGCUUCCUGUCGUGCGGGACGGAGCAGACAGCAUGGAGGGACACCUGAGCGCUUCACUUGCUGGAGACUACCACAGCAUCAGACCCUUUCCACAUCCCGAGUUAGCGUUCCCACCACACAGCGUCCCAUCACAGGCACCUCAACAUUGGGAAGCAGCAGCAAGUCAACCUUUCCUCACCCACUGUGCACCCGUGACGAAUCAGAACUACACCGGAACUCCUUUUCUCAGCAUCUUUCGCCCCGGCACGGACACAAUGAGAAGGCACUACACUCCCCGACCUCUCCUCAACCCAGGCCGCCGAGGGACAGGGCUCUACUCCUCCCUCCCAUCACUCCAUCCUAGAGAGGAGGAAACGGCAGAAGAGGAGAAGACUGAGUUGGGCGCGACUGCAUGGGUCAACACAGGCAAGGAGUUCCAGGCAGAACUCCCCCCUGAGCAGUCCAGGGUAAGGUCACCGGACACGGAGUUGAACUAUGAACAGUUGCUGUGGAAGCCGCAGAGAGAGCUAGCAGAGAGUGGCGCCUUGCAAGACCAAGUGGAGAAGCUGCUGUUGCUGUGUAGUUCCAGCUGCCUACCAGGAGGGGGCAGCAACACGGAGCUGGCGCUGCACUGUCUCCAUUCCUGCAAGGGCGACAUAGUGGCCACGCUGGAGAUGCUCCUGCAAAAGCAGGCCUGGCCUACAGGGGACUACCACUACUCAGGUAGUGACUUUUGGAGUGAGCAUGAAAAGAGUGACUUCAACGCAGCCCUGAACACAUAUGGAAAAAACUUUACACGCAUUCGCCAAAUGGUGAAGACCAAGACAACACACCAGUGUGUGGAGUUUUACUACAAUAACAAGAAACUUCAAGACAAACGGAGAAAACAAGAAGAGCGGGAGAAGCAGCAGGAAAAGUUCAAGGAGGUCCGCUACCCUUGCAAGCAAUGCGGCAAAAUUUUCUUCAAGAUCCAGUCACGUAACGCUCACAUGAAGAUCCACCGGCAGCCUCAGGAGGACUUGACUGACGAGUUCCCUCGACAUUUCGCAGUCAAUCACCCACACCCUCUGGAAGCACCAGCUGUGUCGUUUCCGUGCGCAGACAGUCUGCUCACCCUAAAUCUGGCUGACAUCGGCACAUCAGAACACGUCUUAACCGGCAGCUCCAACUCUCAAGUAAGAACUAUCGCCGAUGCCAGGGGCUCAAAACAAACAGAAACCGAGCCGUUUGCCCUCGCUUUUGACCAGUCGUGGGCUUGUUUUCAUGAUUUGUUCUGCGAGAGUUCACAGGAGGUAGGGGGAGCUCAGGCGGGUGAGACCAAAGAGCCAAUCGGCUGGUUCUAGUCGUUACCUUGCCUUAAAUCAGGGUGUCUAAAAUUUUUACAUAAAGGACUGCAUGGUUAAAAAAAAACUAAAAAAAACCCAAAAAAUGCACAGGUAUAUUUUGAUUGUUUUAAUUUUGUAAAAAAAAAAAAAAAAGGCUAAAAGAGACUUAGACUUCCUUUAUUGUCAUUCAAAUUUGAACUUUACAGUAUUGAUAAUAGGGAUGUCCCGAUCCAGGUUUUUGCACUUCCGAUCCGAUACCAAUAUUGUUUUGCACUUCCGAUCCGAUACCGAUACUGACCGAUAAUGGCCUAUCCGAGCAUGUAUUAAAGUUUAAAGUUAUUUAGCCUACUUAGUUGUCAGAAUCAUGCUGAAAAGGGUUUUAGUACUCUUGAUAACAACUAGCCAGCUGAAUUAGGUGAGUUUGAAUAAUACACAAUGGUUGGUAACAAGAAACUGACCUGUUUAUUCAAGGAUAAACACAAAAUAGACAAAAUUAUACAUGACAAACAGAAAUGGCAUC